AUGGUUGAAGCUGUCCUUAACCCAAUCAAGCAAGCUACCGAGAACGUCGUCAAUGCUGCUGCAGACUUCGUAUCUACCGGUGCUAUCACCGCUGACUCUGCCGAAGAGGAUGCCAAGAAGAUCGCUGAUAUCCCAAAAGAAGAUGAUGGUCAUAGAAUCUACAUUGGUAAUAUCGAUUACACAACUACCAAGGAACAAGUUCAAGAGUUCGUCGCUCCUGCAGGUGGUGAGAUCAAAACUAUCGAUCUCCCAUUGAAAUUCGGUAAACGACCUGCUGGAUAUGCCUUUGUCACCUAUACCAACGAAGCAGACGCUACCAGGGCUGUUGAGCAACUCAAAGAUAAAGAAUUCGGAUCCAGACAACCCCGAAUUGAGCUUGCUCGACCAGCUGAGAAAGUGCUCGAGAUCAGAAAGGCCAAAGACGAGAAGAGGAAGGAGAGAAUAGAGGCUAAUAACGCCAAGAAAGCUGAAAAAGCCGCCGAAUCAGCUACUGCCGCUGGCGCCGCCCCUGAAGCUAAUGGUAAACCUGCUGAGGAGGGUGAGGAGAAACCCAAGAAGAAGAAGAACAAUAAGAGCAAGGCUAAGAAGUCCCGACGACGUCUUCCUGGAGAAGGUGAUGAGGGAGAAGGUGAAGCUGAGGCUGCUGGAGAUGUCAAGCCAGCUUCAAAGGGCAGAAUCGAUGUAAAUGGUGCGGAUGGAGAGACCAAGGAGAAGAAGAAGGCUGCCCCUAAACCCAAGAAGGAGAGACAACCUCGACUUGAACUCACUGGUGAUGACUCAAAGAACACCAUCUUCGUUGCCAACCUUCCAUUCUCUGUCGAUGACGAAGCUCUUGCCACCAUCUUUACCAAUCUCUCCAUCAAAGUGAAGUCCGCCAAGGUUGUCAAGGGGAUCCGAAGACCUCGACCUGGAGCUGCCCGAAGUUUCCGACCAUUCAGAGCUUCAAAGGGAUUCGGUUUCGUGGAGAUUGAGAAUGAUGCCGAACAAGCUCAAGCUGUUGAGAAAGUUGAUGGGACCUUGGUCGAAGACAGGAAGAUCACCGCUAAGAUCGCUAAGGAGAUGAAGCCCAUUGAGCUUGAACAAGCUCAAGCUGAAGCUAACGGUAAUGGCGAUGCGUGA